CAGUUGUGAACAGAUCAGUUCCAGAUGUCUGUGCCACUUGCCACAUUCAUGCUACGUGUCAUCAAAUUGAAGAAAAAAGCGUUUGCAUCUGUAACUAUGGAUUUGUAGGCAAUGGAAGAACCCAUUGUCAAGAUAAAGAUGAAUGCCAGAUUGGUGCCAGCAAGAUCUGUGGAAAUUAUACGCUGUGCCAUAAUACACAUGGAAGUUUUUAUUGCGUUUGCCUUGAAGGAUACCGAGCCUCCAACAACAACAAGACGUUUAUUCCCAAUGAUGGCACGAACUGUACAGAUAUAGAUGAAUGUGAGGAGUCUGGACUGUGUGGUCGCAACGCAAGAUGUGUGAAUACUGAAGGAAGCUACAAGUGUUACUGCAAUGAUGGUUAUAAAUUAGAAAAUGGAGAGCGUUCUUUUCAUCCAGAUGGGAACACAGUUUCAUGCAAAGAAAUUGGAUGUGGUUCCCCUCCUGAAAUGAAGCAUGGCUACAUCGUAGGAAACUACAGCUUGCUACCAGGAAGCGUGGUUCGUUAUGAAUGUAAAGAAGGAUUUUACAGCAACGAGGGAAAGUUCUCGUAUUGCACUGCAAAUGAAACUUGGGAACCUGCCACUUUAAGCUGUAAAGGUGUGGAUUGUGGGGUUCCACCUUCUGUUUUAAAUGCCCGUCCAGCAUCUGUAAGUGGGACUACAUAUGGAAGUGAAGUUACUUACAGUUGUGUUCAUGGUUACUUUAUUGCAAGUGGCAAUCAAACUGCAGUCUGCAAUGCCAAAGGACAGUGGGAGGGUACUGAUUUGGUGUGCAAAGAAAUAGACUGUGGCAAACCUUUGCUGAUUCCACACACAGAAAUGAUCUGGCACAACUCUACCACGCUGUGGAGCAGAGUGUACUAUCGGUGUAAAGAAGGAUAUUAUUUUAAUGGAGACAAGAAUUUUUCAGAGUGCACAAUAGAUCAGUUAUGGGACAAUAUUACAUACACAUGCAAAGAGGAGGAAUUACUCAGUAAUUUGUCCAUAUUCAAUGAAACGUGUGUGAAGUGGCAAAGGAAAACUGGAAGACUGGGAGUGCAGGAGACAUACACA